GCCUGGCAGGGAGCCGCAAAACCUGUCAGGCUUCUUCUCAUUUCCUAUGCUACAAAUACUCCUUAGCUGAGGGUCUCCUGGUCCCCACUGGUAGCUACAGACUUUGAUUGCAGGUGCCUAUGUGUGGAGCGACGCACUGAACAGCCUUCCAUGCACCAGGAAGUGAGUGCUGCAUACUGGUCGUGCUUGGUGCUCCUCACAGCAACUCUGGUGUGGCAGCCCAUGGAAUGGCCAGUGGCUGGGGCCUGAGGACAGGGACAUGAUCAUCCUCCCUGCUUUGGAGUGGGCAUCCUGGAAUGUGUCCUUUGGAGGGCCAGACACUGGAAGUGAGUCCCUCUCUGGACCCUGGUACCAUACACACAAGACUCAGCUCCUUGGAGUUUUACUUGCUGCUGCUUCCAAUUUUCUGAUUAGUGUCUCUUUGAAUAUACAGAAAUGCACUCGUCUCCGACUGGCUUACCAAACAGAGCCGAAGCCCUACUACGUGAGCAAGCGAUGGUGGUGUGCGACCACCCUCCUGGGGCUUGGAGAGGUGGGCAAUUUCACAGCCUAUGGGUUUGCCCCCAUUGCCCUUAUCGCACCACUGGGAUGUGUAUCUGUCAUAGGUAGUGCAUUUAUUUCUGUCUUAUUUCUAAAGAAGACCAUGAGGACUUCUGAUAUAUUGGGAGGAACACUGUCAGUAACAGGUACAUACUUGUUGGUGACAUUUGCUCCAAAUGUACCCCAAGAGAUCACAGCAAGACAAGUACAGAACUACUUAGUAAGUUGGCCUUUUUUGGUAUAUUCGAUCUUAGAAAUUAUAAUAUUCUGCAUUCUCCUCUAUUUUUACAAAAGAAAAGCUGUGAAACACAUUGUGGUUCUGUUAACGAUGGUAGCACUACUGGCGUCAUUGACUGUCAUUGCCGUAAAGGCUGUGGCCAGCAUGAUAACACUCUCUGUGAAGGGGAAAAUGCAGCUAACUUAUCCUGUUUUCUAUAUCAUGAUUGUUUUGAUGGCAACCUCUUGUGCUUUCCAAGUCAAGUUCUUGAAUCAAGCAAUGCAUCUGUAUGAGGCGACAGCAGUUAUGCCCAUUAAUUUUGUCUUCUUCACCACCAGUGCCAUCAUUUCAGGGGUCAUAUUUUAUCGGGAAUUCCAAAGUUCAGCUUUGCUGAGCCUGUUCAUGUUUCUGUUCGGGUGUCUCCUGUCUUUCCUUGGUGUAUUUGUAAUUGCAAGAAAUAAAAAAGAGGAGCAUUUACAAGUUCCUUUUAUUGACUGUGGACAUAUUCCUGGACAAAAUUUGACAGGCAAAAUACAACCAGAUUCUCACAGUUCAUACUAUGGCACUUUGAAUAAUGAAGACAACUUGGUGAAAAGUCAAGGCUGAAAGAAGAAAGCACACUUAACAGGAGGAAUGCCACCAGAACAAGGAUCUGCAGCACCUUUUUGUUGGACAUAUUCAAGUGUGUGUCGUACUCCUAUAUGUCAGUGAGUCAUAGUGUUAUUGAAUCUCACUGAAAGUAUCCCGUGGUUGUCCCAAAUGUGUUCUGAAGUUAAAGGAAGCCUUAAGAAAAACUAAAUAACCAUUAAUGAAACAGAACAUUCUUCUAGU